AUGGCGAUGAGAGCAGCGGCUACCCAGGCGGCGGUGGCUUCCUUUGCGGCACCUAGGGGUGUAAGGGCUCUAUAUUCGUCGUUAACUUCAGGCUUUCCCUUUAAUCUACCACAGACUCAAACAGAGAAGCCUCCUCAGGCCGAACCUUCCACAAAUCUCUUUGUUUCGGGGCUAAGCAAACGCACAACUACCGAAGGGCUUCGAGAUGCCUUUGCAAAGUUUGGUGAAGUGCUCCAUGCCAAGGUAGUGACUGACCGCGUAUCUGGCUAUUCCAAGGGUUAUGGUUUUGUAAGAUAUGCUACUCUAGAGGAAGCUGCAGCUGGUAUAAAGGGAAUGGAUGGCCAGUUUCUGGAUGGAUGGGUUAUUUUUGCUGAGUAUGCGAGACCUAGACCACCUCCUCCAUCAUUGAAUGAUGCACCUACAUACAACCAGAGCUGA